AUGGACAAUCGUCCACCGAGUUCCCAGGCUGAGGACGAGACCUGCCAGCCCAGCUCCUCAGGGUACCCCCUGGAGGUGACUGUCUAUGAAGAAAUCCCAGGACCGUCAGCCCCCUGGGCCGGUUGCACCUCCCCGCCUCAGCGCCCCGGCGGUAAGAGGAAGAGGUCAGUGGCGUUCAGAGCGGAGGUGAAGGGCGACCCGGCCGCUGAGGCCCAGGACACCUGGGUCGUGGAGUGGCUGAUUGGGCUCAAGAUGAAGCUGAAGCGACAGCGGGUGUCUUCAGUGCUGCCUGAGCACCACGAGGUCUUCAACAGGAUGCUCGAGGAUCCCGUCGUUAAGAAAUUCCUUGCCUGGGACAAAAGGCUGGAAGUAUCUGACAAGUAUCUCCUGUCGAUGGUGAUAGCUUAUUUUAGCCGGGCCGGGCUCUUCUCCUGGCAAUUCCAGAGAAUCCAUUUCUUCAUAGCUCUCUAUGUGGCCAGCGACAUGGAAGAGGACAACCAGGCCCCCAAACAGGCCAUCUUUUCGUUCCUCUAUGGAAAGAACCGCUCCCAGCGUCCCUUGUUCCACAAACUGCGUUCCCAGUUCAUCCGUUCCAUGGGCUGGAAGACGAGGGUCACUCGAGAAGAGUGCGAGCAGAUCCAGGCUUUUGAUCCAGAGCUCUGGGUGUGGGGAAGAGAUCGCGCCCUCUUGCCCCAGGGGCCCCAGGAGCACGCAGGCCUCACGUCAUCGGCCUGCGCAAAGCUGACAGGCCCCCGGCUCCCGAGGCUCCGGUCCGGGGGCUGCUCCUCCGGCGCGCUCCUCUCUCGGGUCCCUCCGCUGCGCCUCCCGAAGCCACUGGGACCGAGGAGCCGGCUCUGGGCCUACGGCACAAACUCCCUUCAGGCCCACGGCUCUCCCGGAAACUCGCUAUGCCGCGCGCUGCAGACGGUCGGGCACUGCACCGCCGCCGGCCGCUCGGCCACUCCGGCCCAGGCCGCGGGCUCCGCGGCUCGAGCUCGCGGGUCCCACUCCCAGCCUCCGCCCGGCCUGCGCGAACCCUCCCCUGAACAACUCGCUCGCGCUGGCUGCCGGCCGGGCCGGACGGCGCCCAGCCCCGCAGGCCCCGAAAUGCUCGCCCACAACAGGCCAAGUCGAGGGAACCACGACCAGCGGACACCACGGCACACACAGGAAGCGACGGCGGCGCGGCGACGAUGCGUUGCGCCAACACGCACAAACCGUGAGGCGCACCUGCGCAGGAGGACGCCGGAAGUCCGCCUGCCAAAGCCCGACCGGAGAGCGGAACAAGUGCCAGGACUCUAUUUCCCAGAAGUCUCCGCGCCGUCCAGUUAG